AAGGACUACGUGAAUAUGUUAUUUCCCUUGACUGUGCCGAUUGGAGAACAUAACAGAUUCGUAUUUUUAUUUAAUUCAUGAUUUCGUCCUCGGCGUGGUGUUCAGUUCCUCUGAAAUUUGCGAUAUAAGACCCAUGCUAUCUUUAGCCUAUGCAGGUGUAGAGAUGCGCAGCCUUCACACAACACAAGGCAGGACUCCGUAGACUUACUUGAUACAGGAGCACAUUUAAUCGCGUAAUCGAGCCAGACAUUAUUUAAACAGUCAUGGUGCUUUGUGUUAUUUCGCAAUGGGUGGCCUUUCUCGGCACAUCCCUAUAGUUAAAAAAAAUUCUUCUCCCCACUGAACCGGUUUGGCGACCAAAGCAAAGGAAUCGGGUACUUCCUUCCCAUCUUGCAGACGUUGGAGUUCAUCAUGUCCUCAGUUGUGGUGUCUGAAGUUAAUGAAUUAACCCUGAAGAACGUGGCCAUGGACAGCUGGAUGGCUCACAUGCCAUGUGCAUUGUGGGACAUGCCCCUUUGUAACUUGGCCAUCCCAGGAAGCCACAAUGCAAUAACCUACUGUCUCGAUAUGAAUGAUCGAUCUCCUGUAGACCUGACUCAGCCAGAUAUGCUUCAAAAGUUGGACAAAUACAUGAAGCCCCUUAUUCGUCCAUUUGUUUACAAGUGGGCCAUAACCCAGGAGUCGACUAUAAAGCAGCAGCUUGACUGUGGGGUCAGAUACUGCGAUUUGAGGAUUGCUCAUAGACCCAAUGACAGCUCCACUGACCUCUACUUCUACCAUGGGGUUUACACCACAGUCACUGUGGAGACUGUGCUUACGGAGGUAAGAGAGUGGCUGGAUGCUCAUCCCAGAGAGGUGGUUAUCCUCUCAUUCAGCCACUUCCUCGGCCUUACUCAGGAGCUCCACAUGCAACUCAUUACAACAAUAAGGAAUGUGUUCUCCUCAAAGUUAUGUCCCAAGACGGCGACUGUUACCCUUCGAAGCCUCUGGGCUUUAGGUCACCAGGUGAUUGUGUCCUAUGAACACAAUAUGACUAACUGCCACAGUGACCUGUGGCCACAUAUUCCUUACUGGUGGGCCAACAAAUGCAAAGCAGAGGCUCUCAUCGAGGAGUUUGAACACAGAAAACAGUACGGCCGACCAGGAGGUUUCUUUGUCACAGGUAUUAACCUCACAGAAGACCUGAAAUACAUCUGCUCCCACCCAACAGAGUCGCUGAAGGACUUGGUCGUGUCCACAUAUCCAACCUUGCUCAGCUGGCUGAAGGAGCAGAGCCCGGGCUCCAAGGCUGGCUCCCUCAAUAUUAUUGCUGGUGACUUUAUCACAGAGAGCCACUUUGUACCAACUGUUGUUGCUCUGAAUGAGAAACUGCUGAACUGGUCCUCUUGAAAUUUUGUAAUAGAAACAUCUACUAAUAUGCAUUACCCUUUGGAAACAAAAAUGUGAAUUAGAGCAUGAAAUACAUGUGUGUGCUUGUUUAAUUGAAAGGGUGAGAGAAAGAAAAAAAAUCAAGUGACUUGAAUUAAUCAUUUGAAUAGAAAAAUACUUGCGCUUUUUUUGGAGACGUUGAAAUCUAAUUUUCCGUCUUGAAGCUGCUUGGAAACAAACUAUGUUAUUUUGAACUGCACUGUUUUUUAAAUUUUUUUUACAGAUAUUCCACUAUAUAUGCAAUGUACUGUAUGUGUUUUCACUACACAGACAAAGUGGCCAGUUUUAUUAUGUUACUGUGACCCAAGCAAUAAUGAUACUACUAAUCUCACCUUAACAUAUAGGCAUUAUAAAUGUUCAAGCACAAGAACACAUUAUGUGGUUUAAAAGAGCACAUGUGACCAUCAUGUGGUGCACAAAGUUUUAUAAAAGUUAAGCAUAAGCCGCAAUUAAAAUACUUAAAUUGCCUUUCCCAUGUAUACCCACUCAUUAUGCAUAUUAUUUGUAGUAGAGAAUGUUACACACACAGGAGGAGACAAUACAAAGUGGUAAGUGCAUGAAAAAUAUUUUAGCAUGAACACAGCCUUGAUUGUAGCACACUGAAAUUUGACUUUGCUUCAGCCAACAAGUUUAGGCAUGCCUUUUAUUUCACAAUAAUCAUAGCCCGCACCUCUGUGCCUGUGGAGAUCAUCUCUUCCAAUA